GGUACGUGAGUGUGUGCGCAGCUUGUGCGAUGUGUGUGCCGCAGCCACUCCACACCCCGAUCCGUAGUAUUUUGCUGUAUCCAGGUUGCGCCUGGGAGCGCGGCACCGCCCGCUUUGCGCCGGGUUCGGCGUGCCUCUUACCCCAUGCGCCGCGCACUCCACCCGGCCGCACCCUCCGCACCUGGGCAAGGACCUGGGCGCCGCGGCGGCCCGGAGCCGGCUCGGCUUCACUCAUUCCUCCCCUCUCUCCCCCGCUCUCCGCAGAGAAUGUAAUGGACAUCGGUCUGACCAACGAGAAGCCCAACCCGGAACUCUCUUACUCGGGCUCCUUCCAGCCAGCCCCCGGCAACAAGACCGUGACCUACUUGGGAAAGUUCGCCUUCGAUUCCCCUUCCAACUGGUGCCAGGAUAACAUCAUUAGCCUCAUGAGCGCCGGCAUCUUGGGGGUGCCCCCGGCCUCAGGGACGCUCAGCACGCAGACGUCCACCGCCAGCAUGGUGCAGCCGCCGCAGGGAGACGUGGAGGCCAUGUACCCGGCGCUGCCCCCCUACUCCAACUGCGGAGACCUCUACUCGGAGCCGGUGUCUUUCCACGACCCCCAGGGCAACCCCGGGCUCGCCUAUUCCCCCCAGGAUUACCAAUCGGCCAAGCCGGCCUUGGACAGCAAUCUCUUCCCCAUGAUUCCUGACUACAACCUGUACCACCACCCCAACGACAUGGGCUCCAUUCCGGAGCACAAGCCCUUCCAGGGCAUGGACCCCAUCCGGGUCAACCCGCCCCCCAUUACCCCUCUGGAGACCAUCAAGGCGUUCAAAGACAAGCAGAUCCACCCGGGCUUUGGCAGCUUGCCCCAGCCGCCGCUCACGCUCAAGCCCAUCCGGCCCCGCAAGUACCCCAACCGGCCCAGCAAGACCCCGCUCCACGAACGGCCCCACGCGUGCCCGGCCGAGGGCUGCGACCGCCGCUUCAGCCGCUCGGACGAGCUGACCCGGCACCUGCGCAUCCACACGGGCCACAAGCCCUUCCAGUGUCGGAUCUGCAUGCGGAGCUUCAGCCGCAGCGACCACCUCACCACUCACAUCCGCACGCAUACGGGCGAGAAGCCCUUUGCCUGCGAGUUCUGCGGGCGCAAGUUUGCGCGCAGCGACGAGCGUAAGCGCCACGCCAAGAUCCACCUCAAGCAAAAGGAGAAGAAGGCGGAGAAGGGGGGUGCGCCCUCUGCAUCCUCGGCGCCCCCGGUGUCCCUGGCCCCCGUGGUCACCACCUGCGCCUGAGGCUCGGGCCCCCAGACCCCCGUUUUUCCCCUCCAGUGCCUCCCGGCUGCUCGCCUGAAAGCAGCGGGAAAGCCAGCCACGGAGGCGCAGGGGCCGCGCCCUGGCCGCUCCAUGGACGUGCGGCCCCUUGCUCUCCUUCGACGCCCCCGGUUCCCAACCUUUCACAGCGGUCAGGGGCCAGGGCCGGAGGCGCCUUCCUCUCGUCGCCCCCACCCCCCGCCCCCCUUAGCCAAGGCGUGGGGGCGGAAAGGUGGCGUCUAGCCCGCUUUGUUCAGUUCGGAUCGCCUUGAUCCAGGGGCCGCUGGGCCGCGCCAAGGACCGGCGGGGGACUGAAGGCGGAGCCCACCAACCCUCGCCCGACCCGAACACCUCACUGUUUCCCCCCGUCUCCCUCCGUUUCCCCUCGAAGACUCGAGAGGGGGAGGGCUAAGGAGCGCACCAAAGCGCAGAGCAUGCUGC